AAGCACAAGAGAGCAAAUACGGUUUUCAUCCGAAGCGCUCCUCGUUGCGCGGUUAGUUUGCGUGUUUUUAGCGCACAACAGUUGUGACAUGUGUUGUGUGGAUGAAGACCAGAUCAGAAGAGCACUCGAAAAGCACAAAGGACAUCCUGCUUUCUACUGACCAGGCUGUGGGGAUUUGGGAAAAGCCGCUACAUCAUGAAUGAUAGCAUCAUAUUGACCGAGAGCUCUGAGAAGAUCUGAGAUGGACGACACAAAGUAACUGUAGUUGCAACUGUAAAGUCUCUACAGACCCGCGUUGGAGGUUCUUCAUCAUGAUGGUGAUGGAGAGGGCUCUCCUCGCGGCGCGUCAGGGGGAUGUUCAGACUCUGAAGGUUCAGUCGGCGGAGGGGGUGCUCAACAGUGACGUGAAGGACAUGCUGGGAGCGACGCCCGUGCAUCACGCCGCCCGCGCGGGAAAGCUCACCUGUCUGCGCUAUCUGGUGGAGGAAGCGGGUUUAUCGUCCACGAGCCUGGCGCGCAACGGCGCGAGCCCCGCGCACGACGCCGCGGCCACGGGCAACCUGAGCUGCUUACAGUGGCUCGUGACUCACGGAGGAUGUCGCGCCGCCGGCAAGGACAGCUCAGGGGCCACCGUCCUGCAUCUGGCCUCUCGUUUCAGCCACCACGACAUCAUUCAUUGGUUGUUGAAAAGUGGGGAGGGGGAUCCUACUGUUGCUACGGAUACGGGGGCGCUGCCUGUUCAUUAUGCUGCAGCUAAAGGGGAUUUGGCCUCUCUCCGGCUGUUACUGGAGCACAGCCCAAAAGUUGUCAAUUUUCAGACCAAGAACGGUGCCACACCGCUGUAUCUUGCGUGUCAGGAGGGUCACCUGGAGGUGGUUCAGUAUUUAGUGAAGGACUGCGGGGCGGAGCCAAGUAUCAGAGCCAAUGAUGGCAUGACCCCGUUGCACGCUGCCGCACAGAUGGGACACAACACCGUCAUCGUCUGGCUGAUGAGUUUCACAGACAUCAGUUUGACUGACAGAGAUAAUGAUGGAGCUACAGCCAUGCACUUCGCAGCCAGUCGUGGACACACUAAAGUUCUCAGCUGGCUUCUGCUGCACGGAGGAGAAAUGGUGAUGGACAGCUGGGGUGGAACGCCUCUUCAUGACGCAGCUGAGAACGGAGAACUGGAGUGUUGUCAGAUUCUAGUGGUGAAUGGAGUGGAUUUGGGAAUACGAGACCAGGAUGGAUUCUCAGCGGCGGAUCUGGCCGAGUACAACAGGCAUCACCAGUGUGCCAAGUACCUCCGAACGGUUGAGAACAUGAGCGUGGAGCAUCGUGUGCUGUCCCGGGACCCUUCAGCAGAUCUGGAGUACAAGCAGCCGGACUCAGGUCUGUCCUCCCCCAACGCCACCCUGCACACCGCUGCCCCUCCUGCGGGCCGCUUCCACGUCUCCUCGCCGUCCAGCUCGCUGUCCAACUACGACUCAGCCAACAGCAGUCAGACGAGCACUGGAGAGAAGAGGAACGGCUCGCCUCCUUCACGAGCGCCUGCAGGAUGGUGUUGUGAUUGUGUUUUGAUGGCAGCUGCUGGAGAUUCAGUCAUCACAGACAUGCAGGCGUAUAUGGACAUGCUGAACCCCGACGUAACGGAACCUGCACACCUGCCGCCCCCUCCCACCUUCCCCCCACCCCCACCUCCAUCAAACCUGCCCCCCCCACCCAACCAGGAGGACGAGACGGCGUCCGCUGAGUACCUGAAGGUGAAGAGGAAUCUGCGGCGAGUGGAGAAUGACGGAGGAAUAAAAGAGCAGCAGAAUCCUGGCGAGAAGCACGACAGACUGCAAAGAGUUGACUCCAAUCGAAAGUCUCGCAGCUUCAGUAAGCAGCCGAGCACUGGGGAUUACUAUAAGAGUUUGGGCAGUGACGGUACGGAGCAGCGCCUCGGCAGAGCCAUGGCACCCAAUGAGGAGGGUUCUGCUCUGGUGGAAGAGCCGGCAGACACGACCCCUGCUCCUGAGAACGGCACGGGAACCGCAGAGGAUCUGCCCGUUCCCCCUCCACCCCCUCCCCCACCCACCAGCUCCUCUGUCCCGACUCCACCCCCACCUCCACCCCUCCCCUCAGGGCCCCCACCUGCCCCGGCUCUGCCCCCAGCAGCACCAGCUCCGCCCCCAGCCGCCCCUGUACACGCCUCUGACCAGCGCCGGAUGUCUAACUCAUCCAACACGCAUCUGUCGCCCUCACCUGCUCCAGAAUCUCUCCGUCAGAGGAAGAGCAAUAAAUCCUUUAACAUGAUGUCCCCCACUGGAGAUAACUCGCAGCUGUUGGCUGAAAUUAAAGCGGGGAAGAGUUUGAAGCCGACCUCUCAGAGUAAAGGCUACACCACCGUCUUCUCCAACAACAGCCCAGCGGGGACUAAUGGAGAGCGUCCAUCAUCUCCGCCACAGCCUCUGCCAAAACCCCAGCUCAACGACGCCCAAUCCCCGCAGCCAACGGAGUCUCCACCACCCACGCCACCCGCUCCCACACCCUCAGCCAGCGGCGGCUCGCCCCCCAGCCCGUCCGGCUCGCAGAGCCCCGAGCAGAUCGCCCUCGCCGUCAACGGAAACGCUGCUCCCGCUCAGAGGAAAACCAGCGCUGUGGACGUGGAAAGUCUGGUGCCCACCCACGACGAGCAGGGCCGGGCCAUCCCCGAGUGGAAGAGACAAGUGAUGGUGAGGAAGUUACAGGUGAAGAUGCAGGAGGAGGAGGAGAACAAGAGAAAGGAGGAGGAGGAUGCGGCCCGUCUGGCGUCCCUGCCGGCCUGGAGGAGAGACAUUAUGAAGAAGAAGAUGGACGAAGAGAAGAUGGACAGGGAACAGAAAAGAAAAGAUGAGGAACAGCGACGGAUGGAGAAGGAGAACGAGGAAAAGUCGGAACUGGAGCGACUACGAACGCUGGGCUACGACGAAACCAAACUGGCACCCUGGCAACGGCAGAUCAUCUUAAAGAAAGGCGACAUAACGAAACAAUAGAGCUGAUCCAUUCACACCUGACAGACCCUUUAAUUAGACGUAAAGCGCAGACGGCGGUUUAGCAGACAUCCUUCUGUUUGUUCGACCACACGUCACUUCUCAGUAUCAAAUAUGAUAUUCAGCUCUGAGGAUGAGCGAUAGAGAGAUGAAUAGAAAUCACAGGGUCUUAUGUAACCCGUCGGCUUUACCCUUCACACACAAGCUCUCUAGUAGUAUUGAAUGUCUACAUAGGUAAUAACACAUGCAUUGGCUUGUAAACAUCUUGUUUUGGUAUUUCACGUGCUCAUAAUCUAUCAAAUAUGGUCAAUGUACCACACACUUCUUUAUUUCUGACAUAACUUCCUUUUGCUAACUGAAUUUUACAUAUGUGAAAGUAUCGACGAUGAUUAUGCCCUCAUGAUAUAUAAAUGUAUAUAUAAAAUGCAACAAAAAACCUUUCAAGCUAUUUUAGGUAGUUGAUAGAUUUAGCAAGCCAAUUUCUAACCCAAAAUGACAUAAAGAGCAACUCGUUUCAGUUUCACAUAUUGUCCAGAAGGUGGCGUCAUUGGCCACCGUGAGUCUGAACAUGCAUAAUAUCAGAUGAUGAUAAAAACACGAGUAAAACCCAUGAAAGGAGCCAACGUCAUAUAUCGUUCUACCUAUUGCUCAAGCGAGCUUCGGUGAGAAGAGUUUACAGUGGGAUGGUUGUCAUGAAUGUUCUUGUAUUCAACCAUUCAAGAGCUUCAGUGCCCAGAAUAAAGCAGUAAACCGAUAUUUUGGGGUGAAAACACGUAUCACCUCUUCCUGCUCUGCUUGUGGAUUGUAGACUGCUAUAUCUGUUCAUAUGUUUAGAGUAAGUAGAUGGAUGUGUACGUAUGGUGCGAGUGUACAUGAGUGUGCGUACACGUGCAUUGAUGUUACGUGUGUUAUACGCCGUGCAAUGGCCGUGUUUUGAGUGUUUGUUCGAUUCAGUUAUGAGUAUAAGAGAAAUGCAUGAAUUACUUCUUUGAGCUUGGGAACAUUCUGCUUUUGUUCAUCAGAUGCCAUAAUGACAACAUGACGUCAUUGCCAUUAGAAGAUUUUCUAUUUAUAAAUCCUCCAUGUUUUAGCGCUGAUUACUGUCCUGUAAGAAACGACGGUCAGUUUCCUUGUAUUUCCUCAUUUCGGCCUGGCAGUCUGUCAUUGUAAACUUUAAUCGUUUUCCCAAUGACAAAGUUAAUUUAAUAAAAGUUUAA